AUGCCCAGAAAGGCGAGCGUGUUUGACCACUUUUCCGCGCCGACGCCGAGUGGCACUGUGGGCAACUGCCAAGCCAAGUGCCAUCACUGCCAGGCCGUCAUCGCUGGCUCGGUGCAGGCGACGUCCAACUUCAGGAGGCAUCUCAUGGUGGGGCGCCCGGCGGUCUCUGCCAGCGAUUCUCUUAUCAGGAAGCAUCCCGACAUCUUCCAAAAGCUGGACACGCCCACGACGCGGACAUCGGCCAUGGCCACCCCCGGGCAGGCGUCCAGCACCAGUCUCUUCUCCUCCGGCGGCCGAUCUCCGAAGUGGAGGGCCAGCGACCACCGCCAGGAGGCCAUCACGAGAUCCAUCGUGAGUGUUAUUGCCGAAAACCUCCUUCCUCUGGACUUCGUUGAGGGUCAGAAGUUCAUGGAGCUGAUGGCCAAGGCAGAGGCUCGGUAUACUGUUCCGAGCGCGAGAUCAUUGAGCGUCAAGUUCGUGCCUGACUGCGUGGCUAAGAUCCAAUCUGAUGUGGAGGCCAGACUCCAGCAUGUUGAAAGUAUGUGUCUGACUCUCGAUGUCUGGUCUUCAAGAUUCGCGCACUCAUAUGUUGCGAUAACUGGACACUUUAUUUUGGAAUACAUGUUGAGGAGCGUCAUAUUGGCCAUCCGAAGAAAGAAAGAAGUUUUCAUCAUGGAAGACAUAUUCCAGUUGUAUCAGGAAACGAUUUUGCGAUAUAGACUAACAGGGAAAGUUGCCUUAAUUUUCACUGACAAUCUUACCAAUUUGAUCCAGGCUUUUUCUUUACCAGGCUGGGUUCUUCUGGAAGACGAGUGUCUAGAAACUGAGAGUGAUGAACUUGAGUUUUCUGUCUUGUCGACGGAGAAGUUGGACUUCCCACCAUCACAUAAAAUUUCUUGUUAUGCACAUUCUUUGCAACUUGUCGUCCAGGAUGGACUCAGUGCGGUUGCAGACUCUUUCAGGGAUAUAAUUAGCCGCGCGUCGGAGCUCGUUUUCUUCUGCCGGAAAUCAAGUCUCGUGGUUGAAGGGCUGACAGAGAGACAGACAAAACAAAAUGUAUGGAACUGUCAGCUGCGAUUACUAAGAUCAGUUAUCAGCCUGCCGCGAGAGACCCUCAUUAGGCUUGGCGCGUCGGUAGCAUUCUCGUCAAGUGAUCUCAAGUUAAUUGAAGAAUUAUGUACCAUAUUAGAACCCUUCGAAGAGGUCCUUGACAAGAUCCAGCACGAGAAAGCCGUGACCGCGAGCUUGGUGCUGGUGUGUACGAAGGGCCUGAGGAGCUCACUGCGCGAGUUGGAGGCGACCUUCAAUAAUAAGCUGGUGACGAAUCUACAGCUGUCCUUAGAAGAAAGACUCUCUUCUUAUGAAGAAAUGGAAUACUUCCAGCUCGCCGCGAUGCUCGACCCUCGCUUCAAGGCCGACUGGUGCCAAGAGGGAGGAGUGCAGGAAAUGAAGCGCCUCCUCUUGGCCGCCGUCAGUGCCACCUCUGAGGCGCCCCCAGCGCCAUCUGCCCCCACCCGCGUCCAACCAUCGCCUCCUCCCAUCAAGCGGAACAGAUUAUUCGCAUUCAUGUCCAGUCGCCCGGGCCGCCGACCUCCCCCUUCGGCCAACCCCUCCUCCGCCUCUCCCGACAGCCCUCCGAAAGCCGAGGUCUCACAGUACCUCGAAGAACCCUGCUUGCCCGAAGACGCAGACCCCUUGGCUUACUGGCGAGCAAAGGAGGGGGCGCUUCCCCUGCUGGCUGGUCUCGCCCACAAGUACCUGGCCGCCCCCGGUGGGUGCGCUCCGGUCGAACGAAUCGUGGGCGUUGGUGGGCGGGGGUGGAGACCCGGCCAGAGUCCUCUGUCGGACUCGAGCUUCGAGGAGUUGAUGCUCAUCAGGUGCAGUGAUGGUUGA